GACUUCACGGUCGCCAUGGAGACGGUGACGGCCUGGGCGUGGGGGCCGCUCAGCCUGGCGACCUUCGUGGCGCUGCUGCGGGGGCACCCGGCCCGGCACGUCCUGCAGCUCGUGGUGUCCAUGGGGCAGAUCUACGGCGACGUCCUUUACUUCUGGACGGCGGCACGGGGGGGCUGGGCCCACAGCGACCCCCGGCCCCUCUAUUUCUGGGGCUACUUCGUGGCCCUCAACGGCAUCUGGCUCGUGGUCCCCGGCCUCCUGGUGGCCGACGCCUGGCGGCAGCUGGUGACCGCACAGAGGGUCUUCGACCGGCCSCCCCGCAAGAGCCGCUGACGCCCCGCACGCCCGGGCCCCUUAUUUUUGCAGGGGACCUGGCUCUUUGGAGCCUUGCUGGGACCCGGGGGAAUCACUCAGGUGCCUGGGCCUGUCAUGGGGGUGGCCUGGACGCCUGGGCCCCCUUCACGGGCCCCCUGCCCUCUACAGACCCCCUUGUGGGGGGAGCUGGACG